UUUUUUUUUUUUUUUCACUGCCUGAGUUGAUUCUACAGAUUAUUCUUCUUUUUCAACUACUGCGAUAGACGUCUAUCGCAUCAAAAUGGUUCAAAAGACCCCACCUCAAAGAAUUUCACGCCUCUCUCCUAACAACCCCUCGUUGCCUGCUAGUGCGCGGUGGCAAGCAGUCGUCAAUCGCGACGCAACAGCAAAUACCUUUGUCUACGCCGUUUUAACGACCAGGAUAUACUGUCGACCGUCUUGUCCAGCUCGUCUCGCACGACGGGCAAAUGUCAAAUUCUACGAUACCCCGUCGCAGGCCGAGGCUGCAGGAUUCCGAUCCUGCAAGCGGUGCAAACCAGAGACAAUCCGGGCGGUUAACCCCCAAACCCAAUUGAUAGAAAAUGCGUGCGAGACAAUCCUGUCAGAUAUAAGGGCCGGAUCGAAGCCGAGACUUCAGAAACUUGCGGACGAGGCUUGUCUGACACCGAGUCAUUUCCAUCGUGUGUUUAAACGGGUGAUGGGCGUAACGCCUGGUCAAUACGCCCAGGAGGUGUUGAACAAAAAUUCUCAACAGUCUUUGGAUCAGAACAGCGGACAGGAUGGAAAUAAUGGAAGCAUCUUUUCGAUGACGGCUGUGGCGGAUGGUGUAGAUUUGGAUAAUCCUGGUUCAUCUGGCGGAUUGGGUGAUAUAUAUACAAACGCCGGUGGUUCCAUGCCGUGGAACGAGUUUGACAUCCUAAUAACCGCGGAGGAUGAGCAAGAGUACAGACAGAAUACAUGAUCUUAAUUCUUAGGUCAACUUGCUUAUAUGAAGUAGAGUACGUACUCUGUAAG